GAACGCUCUGAGUGUCCUGUCCGAGGCCUGAGGCUUUGGUUUUGGUCAAGCAGGGUGGCAGACGUUGUUUGGACGGAGUGUUUGAGUUGGUCCCUGUUCCUCUCCAGAGGCUCCGUAAGUGACGCGGACUCUCGGGAGCACCAAACCAGAAGCAGACAAGGACGAGAAGAGCUGUGGCAGAAGAGAGGGCCAGGUGUCGAGAAGCCGCUCAGGCUUAGAAAUCUCGGACUCCAGUGUAGGGACCUGUGAUCAGCAAGGGAGGACCAGAGUGGCAAAGACUAAUGCCCCCAUUUUACAGGAAAAUUUUGAUGCUCAGAGAGGUUAAAUUACAUGGAAAGCAUCUGUAUUCCUGGAGAGACUAAACUUUGAGAUCAAGUUCUAUGUUUCCAUGCCCGGGCUAGAACUGUACUUUUUCUAGAUGUUCAGAAAUGAGGUCCUGAGUGCAAAUUCAUCUCAGCCUUCUCAACACUCCACCCUUCCCUAAAAAAGGAGCACAAAGGAGGAAAGAAUGGUCACUCUUUCCCUCACAGUCUGAUCCUGGCCUUUCUUGGAUUUGUUUCUUUUCUUAAAUGACUUACUAGAAAAAUAGAUUGCUUCUUCCUAGAAAGCUAAUCUUCGACCAGAUGGCAGUAACAUUUGAAGAUGUGACUGUUAUUUUUACUUGGGAGGAGUGGAAAUUCUUGGAUUCUUCUCAGAAAAAGCUCUACAGAGAGGUCAUGUGGGAGAAUUACACAAAUGUCAUGUUAGUAGGAAAUUGGAAAGAGAGCUGCAAACCCCAGGAAGAAAGAUUCAGAUAUUUAGAACAUGAAAAUCUUUCCUGCUGGCAGGGCUGGAAGACUGCCAGCACUCAGAUAUAUGAGAAUAAAAACUAUGGGGAAAUGGUUCAAGGUAUAGAUUUCAAAGACCUAAAGCAGCAACACCUUUCUCACUAUCAAGAAUGGUCAACACUCCCCACACAAGUAGCAGGGUAUGGGAACUAUGAACUGACUUUUGAAAGCAAAAGUCCCAGGAACUUAAAGUAUACCAAGUAUAUACCUUGUCAGUCCUUAGAAAGGAAACACUCUGAAGAUGAUGGUAGAAAAAUCUAUGUGAGUGAUUCAUGUGGUUUUCAAGGAUGCAGAUACCAUGUUGGCAUAUCCAGGAAAAAUCUCUCUAUGGAAAAAGAACAGAAGCUCAUAUGUCAGCAUUCUAUCCCAGGACAGGAAGCCUUUCCAGAGUACAUUGGGCAGAUAUGCCAAAACGACCUGCUAAAAGGCUCUAUGGAAGAGAAAUACUGUGGAUGUAAAAAAUGUAAAGAAAUUUAUUACUGGAACUCACAGCGUAUUCUCCACAAGAGAAAUCAUUUUGGAGAAAAGUUCUAUCCAUGCUCCAUCAGCCCCACAUGCUUCCCUCAGAGAUCAGACCUAUACAGACAUCUAAGAAUCCACAUAGGUAAGCAGCUGUACAGAUGUGACGAAGUUGCCAGUAACCUUAGUCAGAGCUUCGGUGUUCACUUUCCUCAGAGAGCCCACCCAGGGGAGGUACCUUAUAUAUGUAACGUGUGUAGUAAUAGCUUCAGUCAGAUCCCCAGGCUUCACCAUCAUCAAAGAGUCCACCUGGAAGAGAAACUCUAUAAAUUGCAGUGUGAUAAGGACCUCGGUAGAAAUUCAUUGCUUCACAUUCACCAGAGACUUCAUAUAGGAGAGAAGCCUUUUAAGUGUGAUCAGUGUGGUAAGAGGUUUAGUCGGAGUUCAGUACUUCAUGUUCAUCAGAGAGUCCACACCGGAGAGAAACCAUAUAAGUGUGAUGAAUGUGGUAAAGGCUUCAGUCAGAGCUCAAAUCUUCGAAUUCAUCAGUUAGUCCACACAGGAGAAAAGUCCUAUAAAUGUGGUGACUGUGGUAAGGGCUUUACCCAGCGCUCAAAUCUUCAAAUCCAUCAGAGAGUGCAUACAGGAGAGAAGCCAUACAAAUGUGACAACUGUGGGAAGGACUUUAGUCACAGCUCAGAUCUUCGCAUUCAUCAGAGGGUCCAUACAGGGGAGAAACCCUAUAUUUGUCAUGAAUGUGGGAAGGGCUUCAGCAAGAGUUCAAAACUUCACACUCAUCAAAGAGUGCAUACUGGAGAGAAACCCUAUAAAUGUGAACAGUGUGGUAAAGGUUUCAGUCAGCGUUCACAUCUUCUCAUUCAUCAGAGAGUCCAUACAGGAGAAAAACCCUAUAAAUGUGAUGACUGUGGAAAGGGCUUUAGUCACAGCUCAAAUCUUCAUAUUCACCAGAGGAUCCACACAGGAGAGAAGCCUUAUCAAUGUGCUAAGUGUGGUAAGGGUUUCAGCCACAGCUCAGCUCUUCGAAUUCAUCAGAGAGUCCACACGGGAGAGAAAACUUAUAAAUGCCAUGAGUAUUACACGGGAUUCAAUCAGAAUCCACAUCUUUACAAUAACUGCAGAAGAGAAACCUUGUAAUUCCGUUCAUUUUGUUGUAACAGCUUUAAUCAAAGCUUCAAUUUAAGCCUAGUAAAUGCUGCUAGAAAAAAAUGCUAUAAAUAACCCAAAUAAUCCCAAGCAACAUUUAAAAUUUCUUCUAAUUCCUACUAAGAAUCAUUUGCUUUAAGAAGAGACGCUUAGGACAGUAUUUUAAAGUAUUUUCUUUUUCUACCAUAUACAUUAGGUAUAGUAGUGUUGUGUGUUAGUUGCUCAGUUGAGUCCGACUCUGCAACCCCAUGGACUGUAGCCUGCCAGGCUCCACUGUGCAUGGAAUUCUCCUGUCAAGAAUACUAGAGUGGGUAGCUAUUCCCUUCUC